GGGCGGAGCGAGGGUGUGUAUCCGCAAUGACAACAGGAAGUGGUUGCAUACUGGUUUAAUCGCUCAAUGAUUUAUACACUAUUCAUCUCUCAGCUGACAGUUCGACCGACGCGUAUGAUUGUAUAGAAGUAGGAACUCAUGACUGCGGCUUUAAUCGAUACUCGCCGAGAUUACGGCCCCUGAGAAGGCCUGAGCUCGGUCUCACAGCGCCUGUCCUUGCCGACAUCCAGACGAGCGUUCGUGCAGCUGGACGCCGUGGACUAUUUAUAGGAAAAGUCGGUAAAAUACCCGGAACAUCAAACAUGCCGGGUCUAACGUGAAGGCUGACGUUCCUCUGUAAUGCUGCUGUAUCCAGCCUGAACCAUGAACUCCGUGUCUCCCAGUGGCGUUCAGUACAUGGUGGGCGCUGGAGCUCAUGAUGACAGGCCCUCGGCCCAGUCCCGACACCACAACGGCCAUGGGCCAGUGCCUGACGCCAUCAGAGAAGAGCCCGAUGAAGUGGAUCGCCUGAAAGCCAAGUUCAUUUCGGCCUGGAACAACGUCAAAUAUGGCUGGACCGUGAAAUCUAAAACUACCUUCAACAAGACCUCCCCUCUGUUCCUCCUGGGUCAGUCCUAUCUGUUCAAUAGUGAAGACGAGGUGGAGCGCUUCCGGCAGGUGUUUGUGUCGUGCGUUUGGCUCACCUACAGGAGGGAGUUUCCUCAGCUGGAGGGAUCGAGUCUGACCACUGACUGUGGCUGGGGCUGUAUGCUGCGCAGUGGACAGAUGCUGUUGGCACAGGGGUUACUGCUGCACCUCCUGCCCACAGACUGGAGGUGGUCGGACUGUCAUCCGCUGUCAGACGUUGAUUUUGAGGUGCUGAAGCCCCGCUCUCCUUCCCGCCCGGCUGGCAUGUCCCUGCCUUCCUUUAGUUCUUCCUGGACCAGCCCCGUUUCCCAGCGGGACCCCGGCUCUGGCAGUGCUGAGGGUCACAGACGGACCCCUGAGCAAUGCCCUGCAGCCAGACUUGACCCUCAGGAGGAGGCGUUACACAGGAAGGUGGUGUCUUGGUUUGGGGACCAUCCCUCGGCUCCGUUCGGAGUUCACCAGCUGGUGGAGCUGGGAAAGGAGUCCGGGAAGAGGGCAGGGGACUGGUACGGCCCAUCCGUAGUGGCACAUAUGCUGAGAAAAGCAGUGGCUAGAACCCCUGAGUUUCACAGCCUUGCUGUAUACGUGGCUCAGGACUGCACGGUGUAUAAAGGAGAUGUCAUGGGGUUGUGUGAGUCGCCCCUGACACAAGAGCGGCCCGAGUCCGGUGGCACAGGAUGGAAAUCAGUCAUCCUUCUAGUGCCAGUGCGGCUCGGAGGAGAGUCCUUAAACCCCUCUUACAUUGAGUGUGUUAAGAACAUUCUCAAGUUAAACUGCUGUAUAGGUAUUAUUGGAGGGAAACCCAAGCAUUCUCUGUUUUUUAUUGGCUUUCAAGAUGACCAGCUAUUGUAUCUAGACCCACACUACUGUCAGCCGGUGGUGGACGUCACCCAAGGCAACUUCUCUCUGGAGUCUUUUCACUGUAACUCACCCAGGAAGAUGAACUUCAGUCGUAUGGAUCCCAGCUGUACCAUCGGGUUCUACGCACAGACGAAGAAAGACUUUGAGUCGUUGUGCUCAGCGGUCAGUGAUGCUUUGUCGUCGUCUAAAGAGAAGUAUCCCAUCUUUACAUUUGUGGAGGGCAUGGGACAGAGCUAUGGACUGGAGGGGCAGAGCGCCGGCUCCAUGGACGGUCCUGCAAACAUUUUCUCAUGCAACAGAACGAGCAGGAACAAUAAGAGAGGAAGCACAGAUGAGUUUGUGCUCCUGUGAGGAGCGUACGGCAUGCAUCACAGACUGCACUGAACUUCAUGAAACUGCUGUUCCUCACGUCUGUACACUGAUAAAUAUAACGCUCUGCUGACGUUGAGAA